AGGUUGGUCGUCCAGCAGUCGCCUACUUCUUACAGAUUAAAACGAUUUCCCGCCGAAUCGUCACGAUCACAUCCAACUUGGGGAAAAGCGCCUGAACGUCGCUUCAGUGUUUCAGAACGCUGGGUAAACCCUAGAUUCAAGCCCAGAAAUCUUUAGUGUUGUUCUUCUAUUUCUUCCGUCGUCGUCUGCCGUCUCGAUAGGUGAGUUUGAGCUCCUCGAGGCUUCUCUCGACGGAGUUCAAUCUCCAUUACGGACGUGCAUCCAGUCUCUUCUCCUGAUUCAUCUUAUAGAACUCCACCCAACGACUCCUGAAAUGGAGUUUGUCAAUGAAAUGAUUAAAGGCGAUCACAUUUCAUCCCCGAGCGAAGAAGAAAUGGAAUGCAAAGCGGCCGUUGUUACAGUUAAGAAAAGCGUUGCGCAGCGAGUUCAGAAGAUUGUUUCCGAGAAUGCUUCGGUCGAGAGAAGAUCUAGUGCGAGGUUGCGAAACCGACCUGAAAACAAGCGACCCUAUUAUGGUCAUAGCAGUAGUGAGGAUGUGAAAGACGAUGGUAGCAGGAAAAAUACAAAACUUCGUAAAAGAAGAGAACUGGAAUAUGAUGUCGUUGAAGAGACUGAAUGCUGUAAAACUGGUCCGGUGCUUGAACGGUUGGGUGAAGUGAAGGUUUAUGCCGAUGCCACAUGUGGCGAAGACGUUCAGAAAAUGGAUGAACGUGGUGAUCACAAUCCUACGGAUGCAGUGGGAAAAAGUGCUUAUGCUAGGGUGAAGGAGACCUUGAGGAUGUUUAAUACCCAUUAUCUUCAUUUUGUCCAGGAAGAAGAAAAGAGGUGCAGGAAAGAUGAAGUUGAUGCAAAGAAAGUUGCUCGAGGUUCAAAAUCUGAGAGUGUCCAGCGAGGGAAUGCGUCUGAAGAGGAUACCAAGCGUUCUUCCAAACGACCUGAUUUGAAGGCAAUAUCCAAGAUGAUGGAGACAAAUGCUGUUUUAUACCGUGGAAAAAGAUUUGGUCACCUUCCAGGCAUUGAUGUUGGGUAUCAAUUCUUUUCUAGAGCUGCAAUGGUUGCUAUAGGUUUUCAUAGCCAUUGGCUGAAUGGAAUUGAUUUCAUGGGACAAUCAUACAAGAAGAUGAAGGAAUACAGUGGUUACACAUUCCCACUUGCUGUAGCAAUUGUUUUGUCAGGGCAAUAUGAAGAUGACCUUGACAACUCUGAGGAUGUUGUAUAUACUGGUCAAGGUGGGAACAAUUUACUUGGUAAUAAGCGUCAAGUCAAGGAUCAAGUCAUGGAACGUGGUAAUCUGGCACUUAAGAAUAGUUUGGAACAAUGUGUGCCUGUUAGAGUCAUCCGUGGGCAUGAAUCUACAAGUAGUUACUGUGGAAAAGUGUACACAUAUGAUGGUUUAUACAAGGGACUCUCUUGUAAAAGCAAAUUGAAGACCCAGAAAGUGGAUGGUGAAUCACUGGACCAUCUAUUUAUGCAUUAUCUGCUAGAUUAUUUGGUCAUUUGAUGCACCUUUUUUAUCAUAUUCGAUAUCAUAUAAUCAUGUAAGCCAAAUUUUGUGAGAUACUGAGAUGGGGGUGGGUGUGGGGUUUAUGGGUGGUGGUGAAGAGUGAGGGUUGUGUAUUUUGGAGAAUAGUACUUUUGCAAAUCUGUACAUGCAUUUGGAUGGAACAAAGGACAAGGGAGUGUAGCAAUAAGUCAAUAUUAUAUGAGUGGUUGUAGACAAAAUUAGGCGGCUUUUCCCUCCUUUCCUUUAUAAGGGAUUUCUGUAAUUAAAUAGUUCAAUGGAAUAGUACUUUCUGGUUUGACUGCUGAUUA